AUGAAGGUUCAUAUUUAUCUCUUAUUCUUAUCCAUUUGGACAAUCAGUUGCUUAAAUACAAACCACAUCAAUGAAUCAUCCACUUCCAGAACUACAGGUAUGUUUGUAAAAACUACGGUCUCUCCAGAAGAAAAGAUGAAGGAUUUUAGGAAACACUUGCUGGACUUCAUAAUUGGAAUAAUGAUCAUAACCUUUACCUUUACCUGCUUUUGUUUACUGUAUCAUAACUGCGUGGUCGAGGAGGUCCAACCACCACGACGGCUCAACAAAGAAAAUAUGGAAGCUAUAUCAUCCUGGGUAUCCAAGGUAUCAGCUUGUCAACCUGAUAUAAUAACUGAGGACUUUCUGGAAACUCAACCUCUGCUGUUAAAUUCAGACCAAAAAGCUGAGCCCUCAUGUCAAGAAAACCUAUCUGUGCCAAACGAUACAAUAAAACCAGUUGAGCCUGCAAGUCUAGAAAAGCCAUGCAUACCAUCCAACCCACAAAAUGCAAUGAAAUGUACAAAUACUGAUAAGUCAUCCAUGCAAUGCAGUGUAAAAACAUUAAACAAACAAUUCGAUACAAAAAGGUCAACCAAGUCGUCAAGUCCCCAAAGAUUACGUAAGUCAUCUAGCCAGAAUAAGUCCUAUAAGAAACACAGCCUUAAAAAAUCGCAGAAGCUCGCCCAUACCCGUAAAUUAUCCUGCUCAGAGAUGCAAGCCAUACAACCCUGGCUAACCACUGUGAAAAUGCCAGCUGCUCUAGUCACACAGCCUUGCCUAUCAGUCUCCAAUAUUCAACUUGUGUCCAUCAAACCACCUAGAAGGAGACCAAAUCAGGCACGUGGAAGCCAUGAUCAAAAAAAGUCAAUGAGUACAGGAAAGGUUGUGUUACGCGGGAAGUAUUCAUCAUUCUCAUUUUGCAAAUACUAUCAGGAAAAAUGUAAUCCUGAAUUUCUUCUCAAAGAUCUUGCGGGGCCAAAGAGGGAGCAUGCUGGAAAUCCUUAUGUUUCAAAGACAAUGAAGCCAUGUCCCAAGUCCUUUUAUGAAGCAGAGUACAAGUACAUUGAAAGAGUGUACAAGUACAAAUGUUAUAAAGAUGAGAGGAAUGAGACUAUGAAAACAUGUGAGCGUGAAGACAGUGAUAGAGAGAUAGUCAUUAUUUGUGGCAGCAGUCUUGAUGAUGACAUGGUUGAAAGCGUCUCAACUUACUAA